GACUGCCUGUGCCAUUCGUUGAUUUUUUUGACUUUCACUUACUCUCUCAUUUCUCGUUCUUCUUCCAUUAUCCUCAUCAUGGCCGGUGACAACGGUUCCCAGGGCCCGGUUGUCGUGGGUAUCGCUGUGGCAUUUGCCAUCUUGACUUUCAUUGUUUUGAGUCUUCGUCUUUUCGCUCGCAUUUAUGUCCUGGGUAAAAUGGGUCUUGAUGAUUACCUCAUUAUCUGUGCUUGUUUAUUAUCAUGGGCAUUCAUUGCUGUGACAAUUCUCGCUGUCCAUCAUGGACUUGGAAAGCACAUUGCAGAUGCUGAUCCGAACCAGCUCAUUGACUACUCUUUUGCCGUCUGGCUGAGCUCAAUGUUUUAUCUUGCAACGCUCGGAUUCGUCAAAACAUCCGUCCUAUGGUUCUAUACUCGCCUCGGAGAUCGCUACCUGACUCGCAUGUCCUGGAUCAUGACUGGAGUCAUUGCAGCGCAAGCUACUUCCUUUGUUCUCGUGGCUGCAUUCCAAUGUCAGCCCAUCAGCGAAGCCUGGCUUGCCACUGGCAAAGGACAAUGCGUCAACAUCAACGUGUUCUACCUCUGCAACGCCGCCCUGAACAUCGUCACCGAUGUCUUGACUUACACCUUGCCCGUCAAGGUAAUCUUCAAGCUCCAGAUGCCCCAGAAGCAAAAGAUCGUCCUGGCCAUCAUCCUCUGCCUUGGUCUCUUUGCUUGCGUCUCCUCAAUCAUCCGAAUCACCUACAUCCCUGCCAUGCUUACCUCAAAGGACUUCACCUACGCCAUCAGCGGCGCCAUGUACUGGUCCGUCAUUGAGACCAACAUCGGCAUCUUCGCCGCCUCCAUCCCCUCCUUCAAAGCAAUUGCCUCUCGCUUCCUGCCUCGUUUCAUCGGCGAAUACAGCAGUGGGAAGAAAUACGAUCCCUGGUCCGGCAGCAACACUGCCAGGCGAUAUGGAUCUGGGUUCGCCAAGGUCACAGAGCCUCACAUCACCCUCGCCACUGUCAAUGGCAAGGACGAGCCUACUAUGGGUACCAAUAUCGGUGCGGCCAGCAACUCCAGCGAGGAGCGUAUCAUCCCACAAGGCAAGAUCUUCACUCAAACGGAGAUCGAGACUACGAUCGAGACAAGUGACGACUAUAGAGGCUUCAACUCAUCAUCGCUCGAGCGGGCUCGUCGAUGA